AUGGAUGGAGCAGUUCGGCCCAGCGCCACAAUGGACAUGCUCGAACCAUGUCCGAUGCCGGGGCAGAAGCGCACGAUCUUGACAUACCUGUUCGCUAGUAGUGACAAGGCCAUUUCUCGGCGAGCCAAAUUCACCGAAGAAGUUGACCGAUCCAGCGUGACGGCGCCAGAUAAUGCAAGUAUCAACAAUGGGAGCGCCGAUGAGAAAGGCAAACCACGCAUUGAGGACGGAGUCAUUGAGCAGAUGAAUGGCAUAUACGGUGAAGAGGAGCCACGGCCUCUGCAUCGCACGCUCGGUCGCUUCGGCGCUUUCUUCAACAUGAUUGCCUUCUCCAUUGCCUUGGGCAUUUUGAGCAUUCCUAUGGCUGUGGCCACGAUCGGUAUCGUGCCUUUUAUUUUGCUGUGUAUGCUUUUCUCAUUCACUGCAUGGUACAACGGAUACAAUUACUGGCGUCUUGCCAUGAUGUACCCUGGCGUGCACAACCUGCAGCAGGCUGGUGAGCUGCUCUAUGGCCCCAUCGGCGGCGUGAUCUUCGCAUUCUUGCAGGGCAUUUUCAGCAUUUUCGUUCAGGGUAGUCAUAUCAUCCUGGGUGGUUAUGCAUUUUGGUACCUGGGCUGGAAAGACUGCAUGGUUGGGCUGGCCGCCGUGUUUGCUGUGAUCUCAUUCGUGUUCAGCCUUCCUCGCUCGUACAAGCUCUUUUCAGUCUUUUCUGCAAUUUCAUUCACGUCUAUCAUCACUGUCGUGAUCAUCGCUAUGAUCUCAAGUGGUGUCACAGGCCCUGUUAACAAGGAUCCAGAGGAUCCCCCCCGCAAAUUGCUCGCAUUCGGUGCUACGUCGAAGGUCCCACACAGCUUUCUGGAUGGCGUCUUGUACACGUCGAACAUCUUUGUGAGUUUCGGCUCUACAACUGCCUACCUGCCGAUCAUGGCGGAAAUGCAUCAUCCGCGUGACUUUAUGUUUAGUCUCAACCUGCUCGUGGCAAUUUCCUUCGUCCUCUACGUCAUCGUGGGUUGCAUCAUGAACUAUAAUCUCGGCCAGUAUACCAAGUCUCCGUCUCUUGGCAGCCUGUCGCCCAUCAUGGUCAAGGUCUCUUAUGGUCUUGGCCUGCCGACCAUCCUUGUCGCUGGUUGCUGCAGUGGCCAAGUCACGGGUAAGAUGCUCCUCGUCAACGUAUUCCGUGGUUCGUGGCGCUACCUUCUUGAUCGAAAUUGGACAUUUUGGGGAAUCUGGAUCCUGAUCAAUAUCUCGUCUUGGGCACUUGCUUUUGUGCUUGCCGAGUUGAUCCCCUUCUUCAAUACGUUCCUUGGUCUUAUGGCCUCUGUUUUCUGGACGAUUUUCUUGGGAUUUGCUCCACUUUUCUACUUUUGGCGUCAUCAGCACGACUAUCUACACAACUGGCGCAACCGGCUUGGCACACUCAUCGCACUCGGCGUGAUUGGCAUCGCCGGCUUCAUUAUGGUCGCUGGCACGUGGGCUGUCGCUGUCGCUAUUCGUGACCUAUAUGACCAGGGCGUCGUCGGCAGUCCCUUUUCUUGCGGAAUGCCUGUCUAA